AUGCCCGGCGUCAAGAUCCACCGUCCAAUCCAACGCCCAUCAACCUUUCGAGCCAUUUCAACCAUCCCGCUUGGGCUGUGCUUGUUCGCGAUCACCGGCCUGGCUCUGAACCGUCUUCCCUCUCGAUACCCUAAGUUCCCUGGCCAGAUUGGCCCCCCGUCGCCCUUGACGCCUGGGCCCCCUCGUCGUGCGGCUCGGGUCCUUUCCACCCCUCUCCGCCCUCAUUCUCCGUUUGUCGGCCUGGCGUCUGACCUUUCCCACCUUCGCUCUUCACCCGCCACUCGUUUACCUCGACCCUGUGCACUCGGUUUGGAAAGUCCUCGACCCUCCCGGUUCACCCCCCGCCGAAAUUAA